UUUAGCGAAUUAUAUAAUAAUAUAAAAUUGUUACGCACCGUAUGCAUGGUCGAAACAAAGAAUUUUCUCUUUACUGAAAAAAGCUGUCCAUUAGGAGACAAAGGAUUAAAUAUUUAUAAGCGAUUAAAUCUGAAACGAAUAAAAUAAAAGAAAAUCACCCACGACAAAUUGACGGCGUCAAAAAUAGGCGAGCGCGAUAAAUCGCUCAAUCGAUCGUUUUUUUUUGUUUUUUUACGCAGUUCUGAUUAAUCAAGUCGGAAGGGGAACCAAUUUAGACGGGCGUUGUGAGGACCGGCGAUGAGGCUGAUACUAUUCGCGAUUAUGCGAACAGAAAUGGAAUGACGGGGCGUCAAUGUCACACACGUCUCGGCUUUUAUUGGAUGCUGAUAUUUACGUUGCGAUGAAAUACAUCCUGGUAGUGGCGCCUGAUUCGGCACAAAGCCUUUUUUAUACCCCCACGGGGGGGUAUAUAAGGCCGCGAAAUCGGGGUUGGUGCACGACAGAUUAGCCGAGCACCUUGGCGAGUACUGAUCCUGAUCGGCAGCGUUGAGGAGCUGAGCAAUUACGUUCGACAUGAAGGUCUUGAUUGUCCUUUCCGCCAUCCUGGCUUGCGCCUUCGCCAGCUCGCCGCUGGUCUACGCCAGGUUGGUGCCCGGCGCUCCGAUCGGCCUGGACGGCCGGGUGGUCGACACCGCGGAAGUCGCGUUGGCCAAGGCCGAGCACGCGGCCGCUCACGUUAACGAGAAGAUUAAUCUGGCCGCGGAAGCGGCCAAGUCGGCCGAGCACGUGCUCGCCUACGUCGCGCCGUCGCCCGGCGUGGCCGUGGUCGAAGGCGCGCAGCUGGUGCAACCGGUCGCGGUGGCGACGAAGCUGGUCCCCGGUGCGCCGAUCGGACCCGACGGCCGCGUCGUCGACACGCCGGAAGUCGCCCUCGCCAAGGCGGAACACGCGGCGGCCCACGUCAACGAGCAGCUCAGCCACGAGGCCGCGCGAUCGGUUUAUCACGAGCAGCCGGUCGUCGUCCUGGACCGCAGCGCGCCGCUCGUUCGUUACUAUUUUCGUUGAGCUCGACUCGUUAACGCAUACGGGUUCACAUUAAAGUAUAAAUAAAUCUGGCUACCAAUUGCUUAAUUUCGAUUAUCUGUUGUAAAUUAGAAUCAGAGAUUUUGUUAAAUGUUCUCAUAAGAAAAUGUGCUGUAAUAUUUUUAUUAUAACGUUUGGAUUUCUUCUUUUAUAUCGUUUCUUUAUAUUGUUACUAAUUUAGUGUUAUUACUGAACGCGUGUCUUUUGGUGUAAAUUUUAUUUUAUAAUUAAAUUUUAAAUAAAAGUUGAAAGUUGCGCGUACAAUCUACGUUAGCCUGCAAGGAUACAACGCAGUUAGCAACAGAUGCAAUGGGAAUGCGUUCUAACAGGCGUGCCUUGUGCAAAGAGAUCGACAAAAGGUUAAAAAAUAAACAUAUAUCUUACUACAAAUAUUUUAUUUUAAUAUUUCCUCCUUGUUAUAUUUAAAAAGAAAUAGCAUUUUCACUUUUAAAACGAUAAUUAUGUAAUCUCGUCUGCUCUUCUAUUGAAAACUGUUAACUGUAAAUAGUUAUAGUGAGAGUAAAAAUACUUCUCUGAAUUUUAUACAAAUGUCAUAAAUACAUUGCUACAGAUGUGUAAAAUAAGCUA